AUGUGUCCCCCCAAAGCCCAGAUCCCCUUCCAGACCCUGCUGCAGUCUGUGGCCGUUUGCUCCUUAUUCCUCAGCUGGGGGGUCCCACUGGCCAUCACCGUGGCAGCUGUCAUCCUAAAGAAGAUCGGCUACGACGCCUCGGACGUGUCCGUGGGCUGGUGCUGGAUCGACCUGGAGGCGAAGGACCGUGUCCUGUGGAUGCUGCUGACCGGGAAGCUGUGGGAGCUCCUGGCCUACGUGAUGCUGCCCGUGCUCUACCUCCUCAUCCGGAAGCACAUAAACAGGGCGCACCAGGCGCUCUCCGAGUAUCGGCCCAUCCUGUCCGAGGCGCACCGGCUGCAGCACCACAGCUCCAUGGCGGAUAAGAAGCUGGUCCUCAUCCCGGUCAUCUUCAUUUGCCUCCGGGUCUGGAGCACCGUGCGAUUCGUGCUGACCCUCUGUGGCUCCCCGGCCGUGCGGGCCCCGGUGCUGGUCGUUCCGCAGGGAAUCGGGAACACGUUUCAGGGAGGUGCCAACUGCAUCAUGUUCGUCCUCUGCACCCGCGCCGUCCGGACGCGGCUGUUCUCCCUCUGCUGCUGCUGCCCGACCCCGCCUCCCGCCGGGAGCCUGGCCGGCCCGCCCGAGGCCUCGGCGCCCUCCAGGACAGGGGACUCGGGGGCCCAGGUGGACCCCGACGAACUUCCACACACCUGAGCCUCCCUUCCUGGUCUGGGCGGGUGCUGACCCGCUGCAGGGCGGGGGCACGCUGCAGCCGGAAGCCUGUCCUCUGCUGCCCGAGCUCCUGAGGCCGGUGGAGGGGCGGCCGCAGCUCAGCUUCUUCUACCUCCUGGGCCCUGAGGCAGCAGGUGUCCGCACCCGUGUCCGCUGUGCGCGGCGUCUGUCCGCGUGCGGGUGGCAGUGAGACUCAGGGACACCAGUGGGACGUGACCACUGCCAGGUCAGCGGCCUCUGGACCACACAGCACUGUUUACAGUCUGAGGACCCACACCCGUGGGAAAAGCAUGAAGAGCUAUGCACACUAUUUACCCUCCUAAGUAAAGCGCCAGGGGGCGCUGGAGAGGUGUUCCCCCCCCACACACACACCCACACACACCUGGAUAUCAUGGAGCAGAGUCCCGCCGGUCAGGGUGUGGGCCUGCCCGGGGAGCGUGGCUGUUCUGGGGGAGCUUUGCCAGCCACCAAGAGCCGGGUACUUUGAACCAGGUGCCCUGGUGAUGCCCUGAGCACAGCCCGCAGCCAGCCUCCUGGACCCUCCCCGCCUCUCGGGUGGCCAGCCCUGGUGUAGAUGCAUCCGGGUCUCCAGCACAGGCCAGAACCCAGACUCCUGCCUCCCCGGUCACGUCAGAUGCAGGUUCCCUCCUCCAGGCAGUGGCCGGGGACUCCCUGGGGAUGCCCACGGUCGGGUCUGUGCUGUGAGCACCGGCUGGGCCUGUCGGGAGCGGUCUCUUCACUUCCUAGUUCAGUUUUUACAGGAAAGGUGACACAAAUGGCCCCAGUACUAAUUCCACCCCGAAGGUGGACAUUUGGGAGUUGGUUGGGAAAAUGACACAAAGGUCACAGGUGAUAACUUACGUUUAAUA